CAUUCUCGCACUGACAGGCUGUGGAGUCUCUUCUCUGGCCGGGGGAGGAGGACGAGUCCUUCCAUUUAUGCACGCGUCUCCACGUUACAACCAGCACUUUAACAUCGCUCUAAAAACGACACGUUUUGUGAGGGGCUUUUUUUUUUUUUUUUUUUUUGGUGUGUUUGUGUGUGUGUUUUUUCUAAAAAAAAAAACCCGCCUUGUAUCAGAUACGAUACAAGCUGUUAGCUAGUUAGCCGGAUAGCUUGUGGGCUAGCCAGCUCUCUCCCCGCCCUCAACACGGUGCGUGGUCGUCGUGCCAAACUGCAGCCGAGAAGCGCGACUUUUUCUUUCUUUUCUUUUUUUUUUCUUCCCCCCCCUUCGCCUUCGACCGACGUCGUCGAGCCGGCACGUUAGCAAAGGUGACGCCAGCGACAUAGUGGGCGCUACGUGGGGAGAGACGUGUCUUCUGACAGCAGGGAUACGUCGGCUGUCCUCCCCGCCUCUGGCUGACAGCUCGGGCUGCUGAGACGGAAGACGACGCGGCGAAGGAGGGGAUUGGCGACUUUAUAGCCGGUGAGCUCGAUUUGCACAUUGUCAACAAGCGCUGCGACUGAGCCACACGCACACACACACACACACACACGCACACACGCACACGCACACACGCACACACACACACAACCAUGAGUAUUGAGAUUCCGGUGGGGUUGACAGAACUGCUGCAAGGCUACACCGUGGAGGUGCUGCGACAACGGCCGUCGGACCUGGUGGAUUUUGCCAUACAGUACUUCACCCGCUUGCGGGACACGAGGAGUCAAGAUGGCGCCAGCGAGGGCGGCAAGACGGGGAAAGGAGUGAUGUUCGAUGGGGAGCCGAUGCAGACCGAGUCUAACGGAGACGACGACGAGGACGACGACUCUGACUUCGAGCCCCCACCGCCAAGCAGAUUCAGCAGAAGAGUGUCAGUGUGUGCAGAGGCGUUCAACCCGGAUGACGAUGAUGAGGACACCGAACCCAGAGUGGUUCAUCCAAAAACCGAUGAACAGCGCUGCAGACUGCAGGAGGCCUGUCGGGACAUCCUGCUUUUCAAAACACUGGACCAGGAGCAGUUCUCUGAGGUGCUGGACGCAAUGUUUGAAUCACGGGUGCAGCCCCAAGACCAUGUCAUCGACCAGGGAGACGACGGGGACAACUUUUAUGUCAUCGAGCGAGGCAUCUAUGACAUCGUGGUUUCUGGGACAUGCGUGGGCCAAUACGACAAUAAGGGCAGCUUUGGGGAGCUGGCACUCAUGUACAACACACCUCGUGCGGCGACCAUCGUCGCCACCCAGGAGGGGGCUCUAUGGGGGCUGGAUCGUUCCACAUUUCGAAGACUCAUUGUGAAGAACAAUGCCAAGAAGAGGAGGAUGUACGAGUGCUUCAUUGAGUCCGUGCCCUUACUCAAAUCCCUGGAUGCAACAGAAAGGAUGAAGAUAGUGGAUGUAUUGGGGGCAAAGCAGUUCUCAGAUGGCGAGCGCAUUAUCACACAGGGAGACAGUGCUGACUGCUUCUACAUUGUAGAAUCCGGGGAGGUGAAGAUCAUGAUGAAGAGUAAAACGAAGGCGGACCAUGCAGACAAUGCGGAGGUGGAGAUAGCGCGCUGUAGCAGGGGUCAAUACUUCGGGGAGCUGGCCUUGGUCACGAACAAGCCCAGGGCCGCUUCAGCCUACGCGGUGGGCAAUGUCAAGUGUUUGGUAAUAGACAUACAAGCGUUCGAGCGCCUCCUGGGCUCCUGUAAAGAGAUCAUGAAGAGGAACAUCGCCCACUACGAGGAGCAGCUGGUGGCCCUGUUCGGCUCGAGCAUGGACCUGAGAGACUGAGCCUCCCACUCCACCCUCCGUGCCUUCAAUUACACACACACACACACACACACACACACACACACACACACACACACACACACACACACACACACACACACACACACUAGACGACAUACAGGGGCAACUCACCAUAAGCUUUACCCAGAUCGUCCAAACACCAUUAGAAAUUGUAGUUAUUCCACAUGUAAAUGAGUACAUCAUCAUUUCAGUGAGCUUUAGGUCAUAAAAUUGUGUUGUUCCACGACCGCCUCAAGCUUUCAGUAUGACACACACACACACACACACACACACACACACACA